AUGAGUGUUGCUGUUCUAAAGCCAGAAGAUUGUUUAAAGCUUCCUAAUACCAUGAAACACCUAAGAAAUUCUCGCCCUAACCCUAACCGGACGAACGGGAGGAAGCGUUCUACCAAAACCUCUUCUCCACCUAGUACCACUGUCGCCCCCCUGAAGGCUCCGGCCAUGAAUCUCGUGAUGGGUCAAGUCAAGAUACUCAAACGCGGUGAAGAUCUUAAAGAAUCUAAGCCGGAUAAGCCUAUGAAGCUCGAAAACGAAAACGUAGAUGUAGAUCUGCGUUCCACUAACUCUUUGGGUAGAGAUCCCGUGUCAGAUCCGACCCAGAUCCGACCCAGCGUGUCCGUAAAUGACAGCAAUAAGGUUCUUCCGUUCUCGUUCUAUGCCGGAUCGGCCUUUGUAACAUCGCCGCCUCCGAGUUCGGUCCCGUUGCCGGCGUUUUUCACAAAGAAGAUUGGUGUUGCUUUGAAAGAUGAUGUUGCUACGAGUGUCUUGAGGAGGAUGCUAAGGCUGGAGUUGUAG